CAGAGUUAGAGCCGCAACAACGCUCACUUAACCAAGUGAAAUACGCGACGAAACACGAAAAUCAAACUGUGUGAUAUUUUUCUCUAAUAGAAUAAACAGAAAAUAGUAAUUAUGCGAUGUCGGGUGAUACUUUUCACUCUCUCCUUGUGUUUCUUAUCCGCGUUUUCACUCGAGGUGACAGAAACCGGGCACUCAAACAAUUGGGCGGUAUUAGUUGACACAUCGAGAUUCUGGUUUAACUAUCGACACGUAGCCAAUGUCUUGUCGAUAUACCGAAGCGUGAAACGCCUCGGCAUACCGGAUUCUCAGAUAAUAUUAAUGAUAGCCGAUGACAUGGCGUGUAACCCGAGAAAUCCUCGACCUGCUACUGUUUUCAACAAUGCAAAGCAGCACAUAAACGUCUAUGGCGACGACGUAGAGGUCGAUUACAGGGGCUACGAAGUCACUGUGGAAAACUUUGUCAGGUUACUGACAGGCAGACUUCCUCCUGAGACUCCUAGAUCUAAAAAACUCCUCACUGACGAAGGGUCAAACAUUUUAAUCUAUCUUACUGGUCACGGUGGUGACGGAUUUCUUAAAUUUCAAGACUCUGAAGAGAUAACAAGCCAGGAAUUGGGAGACGCCUUAGAGCAAAUGUGGCAAAAGAGGAGAUAUCACGAAAUUUUAUUCGUCGUUGAUACCUGCCAGGCGAGUUCUAUGUACGAAAAGUUUUACUCGCCGAACAUAUUGGCUGUGGCUUCCAGUUUGGUCGGAGAAGACUCUUUGUCGCAUCACGUCGAUCCGGCAAUCGGAGUUUACAUAAUCGAUCGUUACACCUAUUACGCAUUAGACUUUCUGGAAACGGUAGAACCUUCGAGUUCUAAAACACUGAGCGAAUUUCUAAAGGUGUGCCCGAAAAGAUUUUGCAUAUCAACGGUCGGUGUGAGAAAAGACCUCUUCAGAAGGGAUCCGAAGAACGUACCGGUCACAGACUUUUUCGGAUCUUUGAGACCCGUCGAGUUGACUACGAGCACCGUAAACGUCAGUCCGGUUGAACUAAACAAUACUAAUUCACCAAAGAAACCUGUAAUCAAAUACAAAUACGUCAAUCAAUUUCCCGAUUUGUCGUCGAAAAUGACGGCGGGAAUUUCAACGGCAUGUUUGACUCUGUUUGUCCUGGUUAACGUGGCAUGGUCCUUACCUCUGCCGGGAAACCAGGACUUCGUACCUGCGAACUACGUCGACAAGCAAUCGAUGCCCGUACAUCAUCCAAUGGAACCAGCGAACUACGUUUUUACGGAAGCUCCGUACGUCUCGCGGCCGGUGUGCACGAAGGAGGGUUACUUCCGGGAUCCUUACAAUUGCGGCAAGUUUUACGAAUGCAGCACAGCCUACGCCGUGCCAAACGCGCUCUACUGCCAACGGGGUUUCAGUUUCAAUACGGAAACGAAUUGGUGCGACUAUCCGGAAUUCGUAAACUGCUAGCGGAAAAUUAAUUCUUAUAAGCAGGUAUAAUGUGUGCGCAUGUGCGAUGUGCUGCAAAGAUUGUAGAACAAAUCACUUUUUUUUUACGUCAAUGCAGCCCGAUAUUUCUCGUCGAGUCCCUCUAUCGAUGGUGGCUGAUGAGAAUUUCUGUAUUCUUUUAGCGUAAGACUUACAUCUAUAAUCUUUGUUAAAUUAUUCCAAUAAACAGUGUG